GAGAGCCUGCGCGGAAAGAAACACUUCCUUUUGUGGUGGGCGUCGAACGAGGACGCACCGCCAUGAAGGCCUCGGGCACGCUCCGGGAGUACAAGGUGGUGGGGCACUGCUUGCCCACCCCGAAGUGCCACACGCCACCGCUGUACCGAAUGUGCAUCUUCGCGCCCAACCAUGUGGUGGCCAAGUCCCGCUUCUGGUACUUCCUGUCGCAGCUGAAGAAGAUGAAGAAGUCGUCGGGAGAGAUCGUGUACUGCGGGCAGGUAUUUGAGAAGUCGCCGCUGCGCGUGAAGAACUUCGGCAUCUGGCUGCGCUAUGACUCCCGCAGUGGCACACACAACAUGUACCGGGAGUACCGGGACCUGACCACCGCGGGUGCUGUCACGCAGUGCUACCGAGACAUGGGUGCCCGGCACCGUGCCCGCGCGCACUCCAUCCAGAUCAUGAAGGUGGAAGAGAUUGCUGCGGGCAAGUGCCGCCGGCCCGCUGUCAAGCAGUUCCACGACUCGAAGAUCAAGUUCCCGUUGCCACAUCGUGUGUUACGGCGCCAGCACAAGCCUCGCUUCACCACCAAGAGGCCUAACACCUUCUUCUAGACCCGGAGACCCGCUGAAUAAACUCCAGAGAGUA